GGACUUAUCCAAAUUCAUGUAAACAAACAAGAUGGAGUCGAACGGAACUGAAAAAGUUUCAUAUGCUGUUAUAAACAAUAUUCCAGCUGAUUAUCACUCUUGUGAUUUAAGGAACUAUUUCUCACAAUUUAUUGAGUCGAAAGGCUUUGAAUGUUUUCAUUUUAGACACAGGCCUGAACAGAAAUUAAUCCCAGAAGGGGUUCAAAUUGAUGAAAGUUCUGAAACGGCAGAGAAACGUUCAACUUUAUGUUGUGUAGUGAGAAUAAAGCAGAAAAAUCUUACACAUUUCAUCAAGUUGUACAAUAGAAAACAUUGGAUAGACAGCAAAGGAGAAGUAAUGUCACAAGUGUGUUAUAUAUCUAAAGUGAAAAGUCCAGAUGACACGGAUGCAGUUAAAGUGUUAAAGACAAGAGGCGAAGCAAAACAGAUCCCUCCUGAUCGAGAAAAUUUUACAGAAACAGACCUUAUAAACCUUCCAGAGUUACGCCCUCCUGACAUAAUGCCGAAUGGUAAUGUUGGUACCCCAACCAUGAUUUUCAUGGAUUACAUUAAACAGUGCCGACUACCUCCUCGUAUCAUUAAAAAGCUUGGACUCAGUUUUCCUAAGACAAGAACAUCCAAACAAUAUGGAAGUGUUCCGUUUGAUUAUGGAGGUGGCAUUUCUGAGCCUUUUGAAAGUAACAGCAUCGAUCUUGAGCCAGUUUUGACAGCUUCAGGUCGUGAAAUAGUGCCUGAAACAAUAUCAUGUGAUACAUGUGAUAGUGUUGAAAAUACCGAGACCAAUACUAACCUCAACCAUUUAGAAGGCAGUAACAGUGAAAACAGUGGUGCUAAUGUGUCAGAAAAUAGUUAUAAAAAGGAUGGUGUUAAAAAGAAGUCUUGGAGAGAUGCUGAAGCUAAGAAAAGAAUGAAGUUGAAUAUUGAAGAGAAAAUCAUUGGACAGGAUGAUGAUUCUGAGGAGGACAAUGACUCAUGUGAGGAGUGGGAGAGACACGAGGCCUUGUAUGAUGACCCCGCUAACCAGGAGAGGAACAAAGAACGGCUAUAUGAGGAGGAGAUCGAACUGAAAUGGGAAAAAGGAGGCAGCGGUCUUGUUUUUUACACGGAUGCACAGUACUGGCAAGCUCAAGAAGGAGAUUUUGAUGAGCAGACAGCAGACGACUGGGAUGUUGAUAUGAGUGCUUAUUACGAGGAGGGAGCUGGUGACAUGGAUGCGCGAGAUUUUCUCAAAAUGAGGCAGGAAAAACAUAGACGGGAAGGUAUUGAAGCUACAGACAGAUUUACUGCUGGCAUAGCAGUGAAAAAGGAGAGACCAAGGUAUCCUAAGGAUGAAGAAACAAAGAUAGGAAAGUUUGAGGCACAUACCAAAGGCGUUGGUCGUAAGAUAUUAGAAGAGCAAGGCUGGAGCGAAGGUCAGGGACUAGGUUCAACCAUAACGGGUAUUGCAGAUGCCCUAGAUAACGAGGGACAAAACCCAAGAGAUAGGAGAGGGUUUGGGUACCAUGGUGAAAAGUUGAACAGAAAUGUUGGAAGAGCUCAGAGGAAAGUAAUUAUAUCAACAGUUUAUGACAACCCAGAAGAGACUGACCCCCAUGAACCCCUCAAAAGAAGGCAUGAACCCUAUCAUCUCAAAUAUAGAGACGAGGUCAAAUUUUCUAAAGCAGAGACAUUACAUUUAACUAAAGAUAAAGAUGGCAUUGUAAAAUAAAAUUUGAU